CACAUUCGUUUCCUAUCCUGUCAACGUUUGGUUGGGCCGAGAGCUGCUGCUGGGAACAAACAAUGAUGUCGGAGCAGGAGGCUCUGAAGUGCUCCAGCGCAAGGAAUCGUGGUGGUGUGCAGAGAGUUGAAGGGAAACUGCGAGCCAGUGUAGAAAAGGGGGAUUACUAUGAGGCACAUCAGAUGUAUAGGACCUUAUUUUUUAGGUAUGUGUCACAGACCAAACAUGCAGAAGCACGGGAGUUGAUGUAUAAUGGCGCCUUGCUCUUCUUCAGCUAUAACCAGCAAAACAGUGCAGCAGACCUGUCCAUGUUGGUACUAGAGUCUCUGGAGAAAUCUGAGGCUAAGGUAGAGGAUGAAGAUUUAGAGCAUCUGGCAAAGCUGUUCAGCUUGAUGGAUCCUAACUCCCCAGAGCGAGUAGCAUUUGUGUCCCGUGCCCUCAAAUGGUCGACAGGAGGCUCUGGAAAGCUGGGGCAUCCAAAACUACACCAGCUCCUGGCUGUCACUCUGUGGAAGGAGCAAAACUACAGUGAGUCUCGCUACCACUUCCUCCACUCGUCUGAUGGGGAGGGCUGUGCCAAGAUGCUGGUGGAGUACUCUUCAUCCCGGGGCUUCCGUAGCGAGGUGGACAUGUUUGUGGCGCAGGCCGUCCUACAGUUCCUCUGUCUAAAGAACAAGAACAGUGCAUCUGUGGUGUUCACUACAUACACACAGAAACACCCGUCUAUAGAGAAAGGCCCUCCCUUUGUCCAGCCUCUGCUCAACUUCAUCUGGUUCCUCCUGUUGGCAGUGGACGGAGGGAAGUUAACAGUGUUCACAGUGCUGUGUGAGCAGUACCAGCCCUCCCUGAAGAGGGACCCUAUGUAUAAUGAGUAUCUUGACAGAAUAGGACAGGUCUUCUUUGGGGUGCCGCCAAAACAGUCCUCGUCAUAUGGUGGGCUGCUAGGUAACCUGCUAAACAGCCUGAUGGGAUCAGGUGAUGACGAGGAGGGGGAGGAAGCACAAGAGGACAGCAGCCCUAUCGAGCUGGACUGAGAGCAUCGGAGCAUCAGAGGCAGGCUGAACCCCCUCUGCCCCCACCCCGCCUCUUCCCGGAGGUGUUACAAAGGCGUGCAGGUUCCUCGUCCCUCAACACUCAACCCCAAAUUACAGAUGGCCCAACCAUCCCAUCACAAACAGAACAUUCAGCUGCCCAAACCUUCCCUCCUCCCAGUACUGCCUGGACUGCGCCAAAUUGCAAACUCUUCUAUUUCCGUUUUGAGCUAGUAUUAUAAUAUUAUAUUUUUUGUUUUCAUUGUUUUGUUUCUUUUAGUUUUUUUUUUGACAUUUUCAGUGUAGGGGUAUGUGGCAGCUGCCUCCCUCCAUCUUUCCCCUCUUUCCUUUUGGGGCUUUGUUAGUUUCUUUCAUUUACAUGGACAAAGAGACACAAUGGCUCCAUAUUCAUCAUUUCUGUUAUUAAUGUACUCAGUAACCCUGCCCUUUUGAUUCUUGUAGUGAAGGCUGUCUAUGUCUCUGUGGCAACCAUGGUAACCACCAUGGGCGCUGGUGGAAGUUUGUAUUACAGAGUUAUUAUUAACUUGUGUUCAUGUAAAUGUUCAAUAACAAUAAUCAUUGUGCUAAGACGAUGGGAUGAAGUGCAUGGUCGAGAGUCUGUGGAGAGACUUCAUUAUCUAUUAUACAGCUGUCAGCUUGUGUAGAACUGAGCUGCAUCCAGGACGCUGUCGUGUUCACAGCAGUUCACGUCCUGUAGGAAGUCCUGAGAAACCGGACUGAUCACUUCACAUCUGUUACCACAUGGGAGACUGACUACAUGUUUGUUCAGAUCGACACAAGUGAAUAUGUAUACAAACCAGGCAUGUUCAGAUCGUAUACCCUGUGUGCGUAGGAGGGUAUGCAGUGUGUGUGUGUGUGCGAGAAUGGGAUCACGAAUGUCAAAGGCAUGCUCAUGUGAAUGCAAGUCUGUUUGUCUUUUACAGAGGAUGCCUUCUACUCCCUUAACAUUAAAUUUUCACUUGGUUUAAAGCAGUUGACUGCUCUAUUGUUUUUGAUCCAAAUGUUAGUCAGUUAAAUCCAGAAAGAACAAAUUUAACUCAAUAAAAUCAUCCCUGUUGUAUAACAAUUUUGUAUGAAAUUAUCCCAGGAGGGUUGUUCAUUAUACCUGCUUUGAUUUCAUGUAUAUUCCUUUAUUCAAACAUACAGUAGAAUUGUUUUGCAAAACAUUGUAUUCAAGUCUGUCUUCAGACAGUAUCCUGCUUAUAUCUCAGUGUUGAGUUUUCAGAAGUCAUAACCUCAUGGAUUCACAUUGACGAGGGGGACAAUUGUGUUGUGUGACGAAUACAGGUUUUCCACAUUUGUGUUGGUCUGUCUUGAAAAUAAAAUUGCUUUAGAAGUUGAGUGAAUCUCCCAAUAAACAUCUUACAUCGUGUGGAGAUUUUGUGACAUGACAACCAUGUCAAGAUUAGGGUAUCAUUGUAAUAUCUUACAACUACAAGCAUUGGUUCAAUGCACUAGCUUACCACCAGACAAGACAGGUAGCCUGACAUCAUUAAUGAGCCCUGAAUGUACAAGUCCUUACUGUAUGUGAGCUGUGUGUGUGUGUAUGUUGGGUGUGCAAAAUGUCUAAGAACAGAGUUGGCAUACAAGUCUGACCAAAGGCUAUUAGGGUUAGGCUCUGGCUAACCAAGCCAGCAUGUUGAUCAAUCAUACCAUUUAGUUUUUGAUAAUUUCAUGUGAAUGCAAAUGGGGGUUGUUUGCCUUUGAAAUAUCACUACUUGAGUAAAUAAACACAACUAAUGAAAUGUC